AUGGAACCAGGACAAGGAAAGGAAGUCCAAAUUUCAUCGCAAGUAUUGGAAAGGCCGUGGGUGUCCUCGACAGGAUCAUCAUCAUCAUCAUCUGUGUUCGAGUUGGAGCCUUUUGGAAAUGUCCAUGGUGACAAAAAGUUAUCCAAGAGGGAGAAAUCUGUCAUUGAGGCGAUUCAAGAUCGAUUCCACACUUCUUGUCCCAAAUGCAAGAGUAAACUCGAUGUUUACAAGUGUUCGUCCUGUUCCAAAAGCGCCUGGUAUUCGGCCAUUGCCAACGAUGGCACAGGAUCCGUUCAUGGAUACUUUGACGGAAGGGCCAAAGUUGACACACUCGCGACAACCAAUUACAAGAUUUAUGACUCCAAGUUUAAAAGACUAGAUAUUGUGCUUCCAAUAUCCGCAACGGAAGAGAAGGAGCUUGAUAGGUUCUGUGAGCAUCUUGGAAGUACCAUUGGAACCAUACCAAAGUCUUUACCAAAGGGAAGGAACCUCGCCAUCCGGCUCCUCUUGACACGAUACGGCAGUGGUAUUGCUUCUGCACCUGUUACUGAGCUGCGGAAGCUUGUUUUAGAUCUGACAAGACUGCAACCAGAGGAAGUGGUCAUUGUGGAUGUGCCAGGAGAGAGUACCACCAAAUAUUCUCGAGCCAACGCCAUAUCUCUUUUGCAUCAAAAUACGUGCACCGAAGCCGACUGCAUGAUAGCUGUAGUCGAUGUCGGACACUCAGUGUCACCAAGUUUUCUCUACCAUGCAACUGAAUUUGUUCACUCUAGUCAUUCGGCGUAUAUUCCUAUUGUUUGGUCAGAGUAUAAUCCGGAAUUGGUCCAGUUGGAAUUGGAAUACUACUCCCAUCAAGGGUUGAAGCUAAGGGAUCCGCACGAUCACCACAGGGGCGUAUGGUCGAAUCAUACCUUCCAAGCAUAUGCGAUAUCGGGAGCUGAUGGAUCGAAAAUGAUGAUGGGCGGAACACCUGCUGAACUCGAAGACGGACUUGUUUCUUGCCAGCGCGGAGGAUUGAAUGUCGUACGAAUGAAAGAUUACGGGUUGGUGCAAAGGUUCAAUCCAAAGGAUCAGACUAAAUUAGAGCCGGAGAUGGGGCAGCAUCUAAGGGGUCUUCGCAGCCAGAAUGAGACUGCCUUCAAUGCCAUAAUUGGUAGGAACCGGUACGAUGGGGACGUCUUUUUAGCAGUGGUCACUUCGCGUCAAAAUUUGGAGUCUCGAGUUGCUGCUAUUCGUGAAUCUUGGGGUCAAUCGAGCAAUUUGUUGCCCAACAUCCACGUCCGCUAUUUUGUUGGCAAUGGAACUGUAUCGGAAAGCGAAUUGCUUCGCCUUGGUGGCAUUCAAGAUUCGAAGCAGCUGGUGGUAAUGCAAGAAGUUGCCGAUGAUGAAUAUCCACCAGUCCGAAAGAAUGUGAAUAUGUUAAAAACUAUCAAUCGAAUGGUUCAAAGCCCAAAAGGACCCUUACGUGACGCAAAGAUUGGCUACAUUAUGAAAGUUGAUGACGACUCAUAUGUCAACUUUGAUGGUUUUCUAAGGUUCUUGGCAUACCACCACAAUAGUUCAAAAGCUUAUCAAUUUUGGGGAGAUCGUGGAUUUGGAAGGAAGAAAGACCGAGAAGGAAUCCGAAGCGCAGGUCUGGAGAAGCCUUAUUGUCUCGGUGGACCUGGGUACAUUCUGUCAAAGGAGGCAUUGGCAGAAGCAUCUCGUGGAUUCGACGAUUGUGUCAAUGAGAUCAGCAGAUCCCCGCACAAGAAAGCCGUAUGGCACUCGGAUGUUGUCAUUUCAAUUUGCAUCACCAAAGCCACAGGCAUUGGCUGCUUUGACAAUGACGAAGAAUACCAUCGAAAUCGGGUGUUUGCGAACAACUAUUUUGGUGAUGAGGAUUUUGUACACAGAGAUGACUUGCAUCGUGUUGUGACUAUGCAUCCAUUCAAGAAGCCUGGCCAAAUGGUUCGUCAAUUUAAGCGGUUUCCGAGAAGAAUGAUUGAAGCGGCGAAGACUGACGACUCUAGUAUCAUUCUCCGGCAGAAGGAUGCGGUUGUUCUCAGCGACCAAGUAUACCAAAAUAUCGGAUUGCCCUUGGAGGCAGUGGACAGCAAACGCAAUGGCAAUGUAUGGACGCUGCUGCUUCUGUUGAUUUUCUCCAUUGGUGUAGGCGCCAACAAAAAAAGAAUUCUUCGAAAGGUCCACCUCAACUAA